AUGAAGUUUUGGAACAUAAUAGAAAGGGACGAAAGGCUUGUUGUUAUCCACAUCGUCGACGAUGAGGCCCCGUGGCUGAAGUACUCUGUCUGCGUAAAAGGAGACAUGAGCGUGACGCUACAUGUCAUGAAAACGGCGGUAAAAAAGUUAGAUGAAAAUCUGGUCGUUCCAGAAAUUGCUGACAGUAAGAAGGGUAUAGUGGAACUCCUCGAAGGCAUCGAGAAGUGGGACGGGGACCUGAUUUCCAACUCAGUCGAGGAAAUUUGCGAGGCUAUUUGCCUACUGCUGGAUCAGUUGUCCAUGUCCCACGCAGAAGACGGCGCCGGCUCCAUUAGAUUUCUGCGAGAGCAAGAAAGCUUGUUCCAAGCGAAAAAACAGCGCAGACGCUACUCUGCAGAUUUCAUGGUGUUCUGUUGCAUUCUUUUCACCAUAUCGCCCCAUGCGUACGCUUAUAUACGCAGCCAUGGACGCCUCACUUUGCCGCAUCCCAUGACGAUCAGACCGGUAUGCUCUUCUUAUGGCAUGAGCUUUCAACAAGAGCAUCAGAGCGAAGCAUUCCUCAGUUACAUGGCGAAAAGAAUUUCUGACCUCAAAGAUGACCAGCGCUUCGUCACCGUAAUGGUAGACGAAAUACACAUCAAACCUUACUUUGAAUACAAAGGGGGCCAUAUUACCGGAGCUGCGCUUAACUUAAAUGAAGCUGCAAACUGUGCGCUCGUUUUCAUGGUGCGCAGCCUGAAGUGCAAAUUCAAAGAAGUUGCGCACAUCGUGCCAGUGCACAGACUGGACGCGGAGUUCCCGCACAAGAUGCUGAAAGAUGUGAUUUGCGGGCUGGAAAAAAAUGGGUACUGCGUUGUGUGCGUCGUGAGUAACAACAACUCUGUGAACAGAAAAGCAAUGUCCCACUUCGAAUCGCCCGCUUCUAACAGAAUUGUGUAUCAACACCCAUCAAACCCUGCAAGGCCGUUGUUUUUUGUUAUAGACCCGGUACACAUACUAAAAUGCAUACAAAACAACUGGAUCAACCAGAAGAAUGACCAAGUUUGCUUCUACUUCCCUGAGAUGCAAACAAAUGCGGCACAGUCAGAGCGCAUGCAAACAGUGUCAUUUUAG